GGAGCAGGUGGUUUGUGGUCAUAUGAUGUUGUUAGCCGAGGGUGAGGAGCAGCAACAUCUCAGCUGAAUCACAGCCCACAUCACUCCCUACGCUGAAAGCUCCUGCAGCUGACACAACACCAACCAUCAGCCAGGAUGUCAUAUGGUUCCAUUGACGGAGGCUCCUUUGGCAGUCGUAACCCUUUCGGAGGUCCUACGAGGCAGGGCUACCAGCCAGUAGCCACACAGGUCAGCCCCUCAGAACUGCAAGAUGUGUUCCAGGAGACCUCCUCCAAUAUCUUCCAGAUCAACGCCAAUGUUGUCACACUAGAGAAGAAUCUUCAGUCCCUGGGAACGUCCAGAGAUACGGCAGAGCUUCGACAGAGUCUACAUUCCACUCAGCAGCAAACCAACAAAGUCAUCACCAGCACAAGCCAACUCAUCAAGCAACUCUCUGAUAUAAUCAGCGGCUCUUCACGGCAAGACCGUCUGCGCCUGACCAGACUAAAGACUGAGCUCUCCGAGUCCGUGCAGCGCUAUGGGGACCUGCAGAAGAAAAUUGCAGAGCGCUCAAGGGCCCUGCUUCCUCUGGCGCAGAAAGACAAGACGAAGAGUCCUCAGACCCCCUUCUCCGGGCCGAUGGAGGAGGGCCCACUGUUUGGAGAAGCCACAGGCUCAGAGGCAGGAGCUCAGGCCUUCCUGUCUGAAAUCAGCGAGGAGGACGUGGAGGUGCUUCGUCAGAGAGAAGAGGCCCUGCUUCAGAUCGAAAGAGACAUGCUGGAUGUCAGUCAAAUCAUGAAGGAUCUGGCCAGCAUGGUCCACGAGCAAGGAGACGCCAUAGAUAGCAUUGAAGAUUACAUCCAGACCACAUCGUCUAACGUGGAAUCAGCCAAUCAGGAGCUCGCCAAGGCCAACCAGUACCAGAGGCAGCUGAGGAAGAGGAAGUGCUACCUCCUGGUGGCCGGGGCCGUCGUCCUCGGCAUCCUCAUCAUCAUCAUCGUUGUUUCAGCAAGAAAAUGAGACCGCUGAGGUGGCUGCUGUCAUUACAGUGGCACUUGCUGUUCCUGCCCAGUCUGAUCCCUGACCCGAGCAGCUGGUUUCCAGUAGGAGGGAGCUGCCCUGCAACAACAUCCGUACUCCAUCAUCUCUGGUUCUGUUUACACGUGCAUCAGUCUGAGGACCGAGGUCUUUGUCGACACAUCUCCAUUCUGAGACGCUCGUGUAAUCAUCACUGUCCCCCUUUUUGUUUUUUUUGUUUUUUUUUAAGUUAAGGGUCUCUGCUGCGACUUGAAUGUUAUCAUGUAGUGACGACAUCCGAAGUUUGAUUUAUUGUCCCAUGUCACAUCUACGCCGGCUUAGCUUCAUAACCUUUGUCGUGCACCUCCGUAGAAAUGCAACUAAGGGUUGCGGUGAUGCAGACUGCAACUGUUGUGACUGAUUCCAAAUGCAUUCUCUCAGCAAACACAGAAACCACAUGCCGUCUACUAAAAUGUUUUGCAGUGAUUUCAGUAAAAGUAGCCGUCGUUCAAUAUUUAUUUGCUUCAUCUCCAGUCGCCGUUGCUUGAAGCACGCAGAGAGAGAGAGUCAACACAGCUGACCGUCCACCAUUUUGAGGGUCGUAAUUGCCGGAUGAUGCCGACAUGUAUGUGCACUAUGCUUUCACAGAAUAGCCUGCGUGUAGAUCUCUCAGGUGUUUCCUAUCUUAAAGGUGAAGGUUUGCAGUUCUGCAUUACACACCCUCAGCUCCCAACUGUGGUGUUUCAGCUGAAAACUAGAUGGAGGUGGAGGGAAAAGCUUCAGGAUGAGACGAGGCAGCUUAAGCUUUAUGGUUUUCACUGCUGUCAGUGGCUCUGGAAAGCUUAUACACUUGUGUUUAAUGAGGUAUUGUGAUGUAAAAAAAGGCCUGAUAUGACUUAUUUUGAAAUAUUCCAACCUAUGCAAUGUCAGUGAAAACCAAUGUGUCACAUUUCAGAGGAUCAACAGUAGGUAAAAUGUGGCGCAACGGUGUCAAGAAGACGCCCUCCGUCCAAAUCUGAUGAGAAGACAAAGAGAAGGACUAUUGCUUCCCACUGCUUCCAUCUCUGAUAACCAUCUCUUUAUUCUGUAUCUGUCUAGGAAAUAAGGCAAUGUAGCAAGAUUAAUUUGGUGGAAAUUGCAACCCUGGCUAACCCUUGUAGAACAGGGGUCCCCAAUACAUUGAACAUCUAACCACACUACCUUCGGCCGAUUGAGAAGGUAUAUCGUGCUCCAUAGAAAAUAUGUUUUAGAUGUUAGUCUAUCGUUUAUCUGUUGCAUCUCCAGAACGAACAUUUUAUUGCACCGUGCCUUCAGUUCAGCAGUACACAUCCACAGCCACGCACAACAACAACAACUCGAGACUACCUGAAAUCUUUCUUAAAGGGACAAUGCUAUUUUUCUAAAGGUGCAGUGCAACAGUUUUAAUAUAAAGGUAGGUCAGUCUUUGACUGGGUCAUCGUAAAUGUAGUCUGCAAGAAAGAAACAUAUGGGCGCCCCUGUUCUAGAACCAGGUGGAAUAAUGUUUGAUGGGUUUGAUGAGACCAAGAUUGAAUUUUGUGCUGUAAACAUGCGGUGAAGUGUGAUCGUGGAAAACAUCAAUCUUUUGGUGGCUGCUUUUCUUUAGCUGGGAAUAGCACUUUAAUGAAAGUGGAGGUUAAUCAUGAAUAGCUGCCAGUGCUCCAAGUAAGUACUGUUGGUCUGUUUUUUUUUUUUUGUUUGUUUGUUUUUUGGCCGUCUGCUAGAAACCUAUUCCAGCAAAGUUAACAUUUAUGUCUGGACCUAGCCUAGCCUCAUCUAGAAAAAGCUGCAGGGGAACCUUGAGAAGGUCAAGCACAGGAGAUGGCCUCGCAACCUGACAAUGAAUAAGAAUAUUCCGAGGUCAAGAUGUGCAGAGCUGACCGAGAACAUGAAAAGGUGCAGUUUAGGCGUCUGUUUUCGGUCUUACCUUUUUUUCUCUGAAAUGUGUCAUAUUUGUUUUCACUAGCAUUGCAUAGGUUUGUCUUAUUAUUUAUUUUAUUUUUAUUUUUCUGCAUUACAAACUCUGCUGAUCAAACAUCUGUGUAUAAUCUUUAACACCCACUGUACACUCCCUUUAUUUGAUGUAUUUUUACCAAAAUCAACUAUUUAUCAGCUUGUAGUGUAAUUUUAUCACUAUUAUAUUGUAGCGUUUGUUGAUAUUGUAUAUUGUUUGACCAAAUAUAUCUUCCAAAAUAAAAGUUAAACAGCAAGCGAAAA